GUGUGAGUUUAACUACCUCGUCCCCCUCAAAAAACGGCAGACAAUUUUGUUCGUGAAAUUGUGUGCGAUGCAUCUCCAUUUUCUAAUUCCUCUAUGCUGACAAUUAAAGAAUUUGCUCCAACCAUGGACAUAAUCAUAGAUAAUUGGACACAAUUGACUCUAACCCAACUGACAAGUGUGUCAGUCAAAUUUCCGAGCACUAAAUUUGAAAUAGUAAUAACCAAAACAAAACCUUUAAAUGAACCAUUAAUUUCUAAUGUAAAUCAAAAAGUACCUACAAUGAAAUUAUCAAUAAUUUGUCUGUUUGUGUUUUUAAUGAUACAGGAUUCGCAAUGUUUACUACCGCCUAAAUUCCAAUGGAAAACCAUAGAUUUCGCAUGGGAAGGCAAUGCUCGGGAGGCAGCAUUAAAAUCUAAAGCGUACAUUCCCGAAAAUAACAUGCCGACAGGGAUUGCAAGAUGGAGAGAUAAAUUGUUCAUCACAAUACCGAGAUGGAAAAAAGGUUAACUUUAAAAUUAAAGUACAAAAGUUGAUAAAAGUAGACGGUAGGCAAAGAAUAUUAUAUUGGGUUAAAGAAUGUCCACCGGCUCAUACAACGUCGGCCCAAGGAACCCAGGAAUACCAACGUCACUGAACUACGUGUACGUGAAUGGGAGUCAGUCCCAACCGCUGCGUCCGUACCCGAGCUGGGGCGAGGCGUUCGUGUCGGACGCGGCGUGCUGCGUGAGCGCCAACAGCACCGUGGUGUCCGCCUUCAGACCGCACGUCGACCGCUGCGACCGGCUGUGGGUCGUGGACAAUGGCGUCGCUGAUAUGACUCGAGACCUUCGCCAAGUGACGGCGCCCGCCAUACUGGUGUUCGACCUCAAGACAGACACACUACUGCGGCGCUACGUCAUCGAUGACGAUUUGUUGCGGGACUCCUCUGUGUUGACCAGCAUUGUGGUGGAUACAGCUUGCAAGGGGUGUAAUAACGCCUACGCGUACAUUCCUGAUAUGGGGUCGAACGCCAUACUAGUGUACAACCUGGCGCGAGACGAGGCGUGGCGCGUGGAGAGCCACUACUUCCAUUUCGACCCCCACGCGGGGGUCUACAAGGUCGGGGGAGUGGAGUUCUACUGGAGCGACGGGGUCUCUUCCGCUGUUCUUUCACCCUCAAAGAAGACCUCUGGUUUCCCUGACCUGUACUUCCACCCCACGUCAAGCACGAAGCAGUUCCGCAUGUCCACAAAAUUGCUGAGAGACAAACAUGUUCCUCAGGAGGACAUAUUCACUGGAGUUGAAGUUGUCGGCGAAAGAGGCGACAAGUCACAGGCGACUGCGUGUGAUUUGGACCCAAAUACCAACGUACUAUUUUACACACAGUUAAGCAAAAACGGCGUAAGCUGUUGGAAUAUGGACAAACCCUUAACAGAGGAGAAUGUGCCCCUCAUCAUUAGCGACUGCAAUGUACUGGAAUUUCCAAGCGAUAUCAAGGUGGACCAUGACGGUAACCUCUGGAUAAUAAGCAAUAGACAAUCACGUUUCCUCUACGAGUCUAUGGAUUUCUCUCAAGUGAAUUUCAGAAUACUAUCAGCACCUGUAGAAGCUGUCAUACGAGACACGCCGUGCGAAAAGCUUUCUAGAAUAGAAAAGGCUUUGAGUUUUAUGAAACCGAAGACAAAUAAAAGGAAAUUAAAUCAAAAUAAAACACAGUAGGGAGCUAUAGAAAAAUUUUAUAGCGUUUACCGCAUGCGUUUUAUGGAGGGUAGAGUUAAGAAAAAUAUAUUUUAUGUGUGGAUAUAGUUAAAUCCAAAUCUCAAAGAAUAUAAAUUAAAGUCAUUAAAACCAAAAAUAAACAACAAAUUGAAAAACCAUCGGAGUAAAUUCUGAAGAUUAAAGUGCAAAUAUUGGAAUAACUGAGUUUAAUACUUUAUAUUCACAAACAAAAAUAUAAUUUAAACAAAUUUAUGAAAACGUAUGUUUUUUUAAUUUUAUUAAAUGAUUUUUUUAAAUUUGGCGGGCGUUUUCAGUAUCUACUUUCAUUAGCCAGACUUUAACAUCAUUCAGUAAAACGUCUUGAGCGCCCUCUGUUCCUAAAUUCAUAAAGAGCAAGCGCACGUAAAAAAAUAACAAAUAGGUAUUAUUGUUCAAUCAUCAAUUACUUACCACUGUACAGUCUAAAUUCUAAAAAAAGUGA